GUUCGUGUUCUUCAGGGGAGACAAGAGCUCAAGCAGAGUAAUUACUAGCUAGCGUGCUACAAGGCUACAAGCUACGUCUAAAUCUAUCGAUCGCCAUGGCGCCUGAGGCUGCUGUUCCCGCCGGCGAGGACCUGACCAUCCGCGUCGUGAGCCGCCGCCUCGUCAAGGCCUCCGACGCCACCAUCCAGCCGCACGUCGCCACCGUCUCCAACCUUGACCUCUACUUCAACAACUACCAGGCCUCCAUGGUCUGCCUCUACCCCAGCAACCUCCCCGUGGCCGGCGUCGCCGGCAGCUUCGACGCCGUCGUCGCCGCCUUCGAGGCCGGCCUCCCGUCGCUGCUCAACCACUUCUACCCCCUCGCCGGCCGGAUCGUCGUCGACCCUGUCUCCCGCCUCCCCGAGCUGCACUGCCACAACCAGGGCGCGGAGCUCGUCGUCGGCGAGGUCGACGCCGCGCUGGGCAGCCUGGACUUCGCCGGGAUGGACGGGUCGCUGAGGAGGAUCUUGCUGCCGUACCCCGACGACGUCAUGCUGUCCGUGCAGCUGCUGCGCUUCGCCUGCGGCGGCUUCUCCGUCGUGUGGGGCAACAACCACCUCCCCAACGACGGCCACGGCAUCUCCAUGGUCGUCAGGAUGUGGUAGGAGCUGGCGCGGACGGGGAGGAUCGGCGACGGGGUUGUCGUCAACCACGACCGGUCGGUGUUCCGCCCCCGCAGCCCGCCGUCGUACGGCGCCGCCGUCCGCGCCACGUUCGCGGCCUACCACGACGAGAGCCGGCUGGUGAACGUCCUGACAACGCAGGACAGCUUCGUGGAGCGGCUCUACUACAUCGAGGCCGGCGACGUCGCCCGGCUGCGCGACAUGGCGAGCACCGGGCAGCGGCGCGCGUCGCGGGUGCAGGCGGUGUCGGCGUUCCUGUGGAAGGCGCUCGCCGGCGUGGUGGCGGCGUCGCGCGUGCCCGAGGAGCGGUGCCGGAUGGGGUGGUGGGUGGACGCGCGGCGGCGGGUGGCGUCGCCCGCGCUGGUCCCGGCGAUGCACAGCUUCUU